AUGGAUAAAGUAAGAUUCGAUAAAUUCAUUUUGAAUUCUUCAUUGUUAUGUGAACCUAAACAAAUUGAUUCACGCGAAUUAGAUGACAAUAAAUGUCAAAAAAAAAAAUUUGUUAAAAUUUUAAAAGUCGAUGGAUACUUUUUAUCCGCGUUUAGUCAUUUGAUUAAGGUAUCUGAAUUUUAUUCAAAUGCAGUUGCCAAAGGCUUGAUGCAGUCGUCAUCACACAUAUAUCCAAAAAAAUGUUGCAUAAAAUUUCAAUUAGUAAAACCUAAAUUUGAAGUUAUUGAUUACGUGUGGAACGAGAAAAUAUCCAAUUUGGUUUUACAGAGACAAGAGCAAGAGCAGGCCAUGUCGUGGCUAUCUACUCUUGGAGGUGCUUUUUCAGCUUUGGGAGAUAAAUUUGAAAAUCAUGCAAAAAUUGCUGGCAAAAUUUCACUUCAACAACUUAAAAUUGCCUUUCAACUUGGAGAGCCUUUGUUGGUAGCUAGAUGUAGGCUGUAUAUAGCAUUAAGUUUAAUUCAGUUGGGAAAAUUAUCAGCUGCCAAAAAAUUAAUAGAAAACCUAUAUAUUUUAGCCAAGGAUUUUAAAGAUGUGAGGUUACAGAACAUGUGCAAAGGUGUGUGGGCUAAACUGCAGUAUGUUCAUAGUCAAAAAAAACUGAGUUUACAAUAA